AUGGCGAAGGAUUCGCGUGACACGGCAAAGGCCAUGGACGACCUGCGCCGCGAAUUAAGAAAAGAGCUCCGAGAGAUUAAGGACAGUUUGAAAGAAGUAAAGGACCUCAAAGAGGGCCUUAGUCAGAUACUGAAAGAAAACGAGGAGCUAAAAGUGGAAAAUGCCAAACUGCGGAGCAGGGUCGAAGAGGUCGAGCAGUACCAGCGUUCCAAUAACUUUGAAAUCAAGGGCGUUCCUGCUGAUAUAAAACCAUUCGAGGCUGUUAAGAAAAUUGGAGUUAUUGUGCAUGAAGAAAUUUCUGAGGAUGAUGUUGACACAUGCCAUAGAGUGCCCACUUCUCGGCAUGAUGUAAGCAACAUAGUUGUUCGCUUUGUGAGAAUAACUAAACGGAAUGCCUUGCUAAGCAAGGCAAAGAAAGCUAAAAUCGACAGUGGGGUACUGGGAAGUCAAGUGUCAUCCCCAGUGUACGUUAAUGAACACCUGACAAGGAAUGGCAAACGACUGCUUGGUGCCACAAUACAACGUAAAAGGGAGAUGAAGUGGAAGUUUGUCUGGACAACAAAUGGGAAGGUAUUCGCCCGUCGAAACGAAAGUUCGCAGGUGCUCAGAAUAGCCACUACCAACGAUCUAAGUAAAAUGACAGCAGAGGCUGUCAGUGACAGUACAUCUGUCGCAGAUUAA